GGUGACAAAGAAGAGACUUACCGAGAGCUGGAGAACGUCCUGCGGGAUGAUAACAACUGCUUGCAGAGCACUGUCCUGGGCAGGCUGAUCGUGGUGGCCUCAAAGGACAUGAGAGCUGCCCAGGGUGUGACGGAGGAUGUGCAGACGGCCGCCAGCAACGUCCUGGUGGCUCUGGCCCGCUCGCAUUUUGAGAGUGUCAUGUGCGAGCUCCAAUGCCACCUGAGAGCCCUGGGAGAGAUCUCCCAGGACUUCGUGUUCAUCACCUUGGGCAAGCUGGCCAGCAGCUACGUCCUGGAGCAGUGGUCGAAGGCUGUAAACACUUACCUGCGCAACUGGGAGAAAUGCACCUUCCCGCGCAUGAGGGAGGCGCAGUUCUGCAGCAGCAUUUACCCGCUCUUCUGCCACGUGGUGGGGAGCUGGCUGGACUGCGAGGACGAGGAGGUCAAGCAGGCAGUCUUGGGGGCAAUGGCUGCCAUGAUGGGCCUUCUCCUGCACGAAGAGGAGCAUCACAGAUGUGUGUGGGAGCAGUUGCCCUGGUUCCUGGGCCAAUAUCAGCAUGUCCAGGACACUUUGUGGGUGACCAAGGUUGGGGGAAAAGGGAGUUGA